AUGGAUUUCCUCAAGCAGGCCGUCAACUCCGCCCAGGGUGCUGGCGGUAACAGCAACAAUGACAACAACAACAACCAGCAGCAGCAGCAGCAGGGUGGUGACAACCAGCAGAACCAGGGUGGUAACAGCAGCAGCAACAACAACACCCAAAACCAGCAGGGUGGUGACCAGCAGCAGGACUAUGGUGACAAGGCUUUCGACUUCGUCGCCAAGAAGGCCGGCCUGAACCUCAGCCGCGACCAGGAGGAGAAGAUUACCGACGGUGCUCGCCAAGCCUACGAGAAGUACUCUGGCAAGAGUGUCGACUCCAAGUACUCCAAUUAA